GGAGUGUGUUGAGGUAGAUAUAUCAGUCAACGGUAACUCGGAGUUGCUUAUUGGGACGACUGGCUCAUGUUUAGUCAUUAGGGCUCAGCUUUUCAUGUGUUGUGGAGUUUAACGUAUGGAAUGGAUUCUUCUCAUUAUUACCAUACACUGACAAUAUUUAUAACCCUUAUAGGGUUGUGUUAUGGAGAUGGAGUUUUGCCAGACACUCUGUAUGGAGCAGUAGAAGGGAAAGCGAUUUUUACUACAGACAUAACAGGAACAAGCACACCCGCUGCUAUAUUCUGGACUGUAAAUUCUUCUAUCGAUAUACUAUCUAAUAUUAGUGGUGUAAAUACUGUUUCACCAGCCUAUCAAGGCAGAGUCACUCUGAACAUAUUCACUGGAUCUCUGGAGCUCAAGAAUCUGACCUUGAAAGACGGUGGAAAGUAUUCAGUGACCGUAGCUAUUCCAACAAACAAGCCCGGAAGUACUAUGCUGCAUGUGCUGGAGCAAGUCUCCAAUGUUGUAAUUAAUGCCAGUGCCUCAGAUGUAGUGGAGUUCAACAGCUCUGUCAGUCUGUCCUGCUCCUCCUCUGGCUCCUCCCCCGCCUACCAUUGGCUGAAUGGCAGCUCUGAGGUCACAGCCAGUGACAAUGUUCAGCUUGGUGAUGGAGGCUCCACUCUCACCAUAGUCAAUGUGACCCGCUAUAACCAGGGUCCCUGGACAUGCAAUGUGACCAACCCUGUCAGUCAUGACAUCAGCCAGCCUUUUAACAUAACCAUCUACUAUGGUCCUGAGGACACAGCGGUGGAGGUGAAUCCUCCAGGUGGACUGUAUGUUGCAGGAUCAGCCCUCAGUCUCUCCUGCUCCGCUCACUCCAAGCCUGUUGCUCAGUAUCGCUGGUUCCUGACUGGAACACUGCUGUCCAAUGAGGGACCAGAGCUCCAACUAGUGAACAUUCAGACCAAUCAGAGUGGGAGUUACAUCUGUCAGGCCUUUAACACCAGAACACUGAGAUAUGUGUCAUCUGAGCCAUCAAUCAUCUCUGUAUGCGAAAAAGUAGCUGAUGUCAGCAUUAACCCAUCAAGCCAGCCAAUCAUAGAGGGGAUGUCUGUCCACCUGACCUGUGCUGCUGCUGGCUCCAUCAGCACCAGAGAGUGGAUGAAGGAUGGUGUGCCUCUCUCUCCCAGUGACAGAGUCAGCUUCUCUGGGGACAACAGCACAGUCUCUAUAAGUCCUGUGAACAAACAGGACGAUGGUGUUUACCUGUGUCAAGUCAGAAACCCUGUGAGCUCUCAAAAGGCUAAAUACAAUAUGAUUGUAAACUAUGGACCUGAUAGUGUCACAUUCGAGGGUCCUCUUAAAAUAGAGGUUGGACAGAAGUUAACCUUAACCUGCUCGACUGAUUCUAAACCUGCCGCUAACUACAGCUGGACGGUCAAUGGGACAGAGCGGCCUGGACAGUCACAAGUGUUCAUCAUAGAGAGGAUUCAAUACAAGGAUAGUGGCACCUACAACUGCACUGCAUCCAAUGACAUCACCGGACGCAGUGAACACGCGGUCCACACAUUGGAAAUAACAGCUGAGGGUUCUUUAACAGAGAACAAACUGUCAGGUGGUGCCAUCGCUGGGAUUGUGAUUGCAGUUUUGGUGCUUGUCGGACUUGCAGUUGGUUUGACUGUAUAUUUUACUGGAGGAUGUGCUAUUGUGUGUGGGGUAGUGAAGAAGAAGAAGAAGGAAAGCGCUAGCAGUCCAGGUGCUGGGUAUAGCAAUGGAGGAGGCCCACCAGACCAGGAUGUGCACUAUGCGGAUGUAUCCCAGUUCCAUAAGAAGGACGGAGGGUCUGUCCAGUUAGGGAACCAGGCUGUACCUGUAGAGUCUACUGAUUACGCUGAGGUCAGACUGAACGGGAAGCUACCUUCCAAUACAGCCCACCUGCAGAACUCCCAGACGAAGAGGCCCGCUCCUCAGCCUGGCUCCACCCCCUCCAUCUACUCAGAGGUUCGUAAGGACUGAGCGUGUCCGCCUUGUCACUCCACCACUGUGUGCCGGAAAGACCUGGCUCGACGCUCCCAGAACCCAACCAGGCCAGAUCUCUGUGUUCACUUUAUCUCUGCAAUUCCACCAUGAUCUCCACAUCUCGAUACACAACCUGGACAAUGGCCGUUUAGGCUGUACUUGCAGAAUUGUGGACUGACAGAGACCUUAGACCUUUAGCCAUCCCUGAUUAGAAAACCAACUAGCAAUUUAGCAGUUAGCGAGUACUGUAAGGUGUUCUAUAUUUAAAUUUAGUCAAUUAGCAGACACUCUUAUCCAGAGCAACUUACAGUAAGUACAGGGACAUUCCCCCCGAGGCAAGUAGGGUGAAGUGCCUUGCCCAAGGACACAACGCCAUUUCACAUGACCAGGAAUCGAACCGGCAACCUUCUGAUUACUAGCCCAAUUCCCUAACUGCUCAGUCACCUGACUCCCUCCCCUGACUCCUAUUUCUACUGCUUAAGGCUUAAGGCAAAGUGCUGUACAUGAUUGCUCUGAUUCAUUAAAUGUAUUGCAUGGGGAUUUGCACUAUAUUAAUGUAGCCUACAUGGCCAAAAAAUUCAUUGUCCUUUGUGUGUAAUACAAAUGUUGCUAUAAAUGUGUAUGUGGAUAUUGUUUUUGGAUGUUUAAUUAAUAAAAUGUGCCUUGUUUUCA